AUGGGGUCAAGCUCGCAAAUCGACGUGUCUCAGAAGCUACGCGAUUCGGACGACCUUCUGAAGCAAGGCGAUGCGGUUCUCGACAACGGCGACAUUGAGACUGCCAUCCAGCUCUUUGGCUCCGCGCUCGAAUCGCGAGUCGCGGCGUUCGGCGAGCUCGGCGAGGAAUGCGCUGUGGCGUACUUUAAGUACGCCUCCGCGCUCUUCGCCAAGUCGCAGCGCGACACGGACGUGCUGGGCCCUGCGGGGCAGAAGCUAGAGCAGGGAAAGGAGGAGGAUGAAGAUGUGGAAGCAGAGGAGGACGAGGCAAGCAAGUCAAAAGGGAAAGGCAAAGGCAAAGUGGAGGAGACGGACGAUGGCCCUGACGGAGCCGACGCGGCCGAGGAGGAGGAUUUAGAGGAGGCCGAGGAAGGGGACGAGGAGGAGGAGGGCGAUCAGGAGCUGGCGUGGCGGCUGCUGGAGACGGCUCGGUGCAUCUACGCGAAGCGCGACGCGAGGAGCCUGGAGGAGGUGGAUGUUAUCUCCACGCUCGCGGAUCUCAGUCUUGAAAAGGAGGACUUUGAUGCAUGCAUGGAGGACUAUCAACACGCGCUGAACCUGCUCUCACUGCUCGUGUCGCCGCACCACCGACGCGUCAUCGAACUGUAUUUCAAGAUGGCGCUGGCGAAUCAGACGGGCAACCGCGCGACUGAGGCGCUCCGGUGCUGCCGGCAGGCCAUAGACGCGUGUGAGAAGCGCGUUGCCCAGGCGCAGACGCUGCUGGAGGCGAAACGGAAGCUGAAAGCAGCAGGGAAGGAGGGCGGUGAGAGUGUGGCGACUGGGAGUGCUGCCGUUGCUGAAGGUGCAAGUGCGGGGUUAGAAGCUACGAAGGUUGCGGAUGCAGCUGCAGGGAAAGAAGUGAAGGAAGGAGCGAAGGGAGUGGAAGAGACGAAAGAGGAAGAGAAGAAAGAGGAAGAGAAGAAAGAGGAAGAGAAGAAAGAGGAAGAGAAGGACGAGGAAGAGAAGAAAGAGGAAGAGAAGAAAGAGGAGGAGAAGAAAGAGGAGGAGAAGAAACAGGAAGAGAAGGACGAGGCGAAGGCAGGGGAAAGUGGGAAGUGUACCACGGACAAGGGCAAGGGUAAGGCGGAGGAGGGCGCGGGCAUAGCAUAUGACUCGAUAGACGGGAGCAGCAGUGAGGAGGAGCUGGUGCAAGAGAUACAAGACGUGCAGCAGAUCGCAAGUGACCUCAAGGAGAAGGCUGAGGAACUCCAGGAGAUGAUCCGGCUGCCAUCUGUAGAGGCCAUGAUGAGAGAGCAGCUCUCUGCUGUCUUUUCUGGCGCCGCCUCCUCUUCUGCACCCCCUACUACUGCUGCUGCUGCUGCAGCCGCCCCUGCUGCCACGUCUGCUCCUGCUGCCGCGGCACCAACGGCUGCUGCUCCUGCUGCUACAGCCUCUGGAUUGCCGUCUGCUGCAGCAGCUGCUGCUGCUGGGGGCAAGGCAGGGGAAGGGGAGCAACGAGGGGAGAAGCGGGCAGCGGAGGUGGCGGUGGUGGGGAGGAGCAAGAAGCGGCUCACUCCGGUGCCCGUUCCACCAGAGGAGGCUGCUGUGCUGUCGUGGCCAGGUGUUGCCAGCUGA